UUGACACUAUAUAUUACCCCUCAAACACUAAAGUAGAAGAACAUCGCUGUGGUAAAAGCAAUGCUGUACCUUUAAACACUCCGAUAACCUAAGUGUUGAUUAGCUAUAUCGUGAUAACCUAAGUGUUGAUUAGCGAUACUAGCUCUUCUACACGUUUGCCUCCAAGGUAAAAAUCUCAUGAGAAUAUUUGAUCAGAAGCUUAUCCGAUUCUUAGCUAGGAUUUUGUCAGAUUCUUGUAAGAUUCGUAGCAAGAAUAUAACGGGGAUAAUACGUGAAACUGAAUAAAGAUCUUAGCUAGGAAUGUGAAAUAACAAUCAUAUCGGAAUUUUCGACCUGGAAAAUAGUGCUCCGUCAUGAAAGGAGGUACACAAAAUCUAAAAUAGUAAAUGGAUUUCUGUUCUGAAAUCUCAUACUCUACUCUACAAUCUGUAUAAAGGCACAGCCAUGUUAUACCACCUAUUGGAAGGAUUAGGAUAUACGAAAUGCACAAACGAUAUUCAGCUCGGAAUUCCAAGGAAAAUAAAUCUGCGAUGAUGUCCUUUCCAAGCCACCUUAAAGCUCUCAGUUAAGAACUUCCAGCACCCCAACGCACAGAAAUGUUCCACUACAAAGGUGACAAAAAUCGUUUCGACUGUAAUGAUGUCGUAAACAAUGAAGUGAUAGUUAAGAGCCGAUAUAUAUGUUUAGUUUAGGAACCAGAUGGGCAUUUCAAGCCAAAUCCUAACCAUGGAGUGAGGCAAGACCACUGUGGUAAGAGAUAGGACUACGACACGACAUCUAUUCUGUCCACAUGGUCUCUGUGACAUCAUAACCGAUCACUCUGCAAGUCCUUGCUUGAAGCACCUCGUCAUCACAGAAUCUUCAGAAUCGUCUGCGAUACUAAGGAGCAGCUACUAAGCGCUCACUAACUUUCGAAAUCUAACAGGAAGCAACUAAAUGCCUCGGAAGAGAUUCGAACCCGCAACCGUUCGGUCAGGCACUCUGACCACUAGGCAACCGUGCUGCCUUUUUUCAUCCCAAAUUCUACAGUCGUCAUAUUUGACCUGCUGAUAACGUAAAAUGACAUGCCUUUUGGGUUAUCUUGCAGAAUUUGAUGAAUGUAUCUUCAGGACCAUUACUUUAUUUAUUCACCAUAAAACUGUUGACAUUUUGUAUCAUUAUGCCGUGUGCACAUAUGUCCUGUCCCAGAACUGGGACCUAUAACGGUUUCUAACACUUGGGAUUUCUAACUUGAAUAUCACGUUUUGAAUCCUACUGACUUCGCAUAUAGGCCAUGUGUCUGUCUGGUAGAAUUGUGCAGAGCUUAUCAUCCCGCGCCAAUUUAAAACACAACAACGGAAACUGUACUUGUGAUCUGUAUCAACUCGAUGUUUUAGCAAAGGCUUUUACUGAAAAAAAACCAGGAAGAUAGGACUUGGCAUAAGGAGUAAAUGGAUGACAGUGACCAUGAAAGAACGUCGUCGCACGCACAAAUAUUACCCACUCUUCCUCGCCACUCACCCCAUGCUGACCAGUUUUGUCUUGUGCUUGCUAUGUCCCAAAGCUGUCAUCACAGUGGAAGAAUCUAAAAAAAACCGCUCAACCACGUCAGCUCCAGAACUGCAGCGAGUUGAAUACCCGGAUUGUGUGCUACCGAAUUGGGACACAGCUUUUUGUAGAUGGUGUGAGGGUAAUGAGACGGGUGUAGAGUGGGAGGUCAAAUACAGAAUAGGCAAAAAAGGUAAAUGGGUGUCCUGUCGAAACAGAACCAACUGUACCUGCACAUUGCCAACACAUAUUUCCAUUAGACACAUGGUGACCUUCAACAUAUCGGCUUCAAACACGUCCGAGAUAUUCGAAGUAAAUUGUACCGAUCAAAGUUUAAUUGUGCCUAACCCGGUAGAUAAGCUCAAAGUGAUUCGCACUGAUAGUCGGUCCAUGAAAGUCAUCUUCAAAGAACCCGAUAGUUUAGCACUUGUAUCCCUUACCUUUCAUAUCACCAUGGAAUCCAAGUUUGACAAGAAAAUAAAGAUUCUUGGAGCUACACAUAGUAAAACCGGUCGUCAUUCUGUUGUAUUUAAUGAUCUUAUACCUUAUACAAACUAUUCGACUAGUGUGAAAAUGCGACCAGCAGUGGGAACAUAUUGGAGUAAAAUCGUUACUGAAUAUAAAAAAACUCUUCCUGAUGCCCCAGCUCGCAACCCAGAGACACGGCCCAGUUCAUUUCAAUACCAUCGCUGUCCUGGCGAUUGCCGCACACUAACUCUUUAUUACAAAGAUAUACCCGAAAGAUACACCCAGGGUAACAUCACGGGCAUGCGCGCAACAUUCAGGGAUGACAAUACAAAUCAAACGUACAUUAGAGUUUGUUCAUUCAACGAAGAUAGGAAAUGUGAGCUGGAUAAUGCACCGUUGACGAGCGAUUUCUCUGUUGAGAUCACUGGAUCAACGGCCAUUGGGUUCGGACCACGCGUUCCAACAAGUGUGAUGAGCAUUCCUGAGUAUCAUGCAGGGUCCAAUGUCCCAGAACAUCUCGCUGGCGAGAUUCAGAAUGAAACAGACAAGAAAGCUGUGACGCUAUUCGAAUGGAGUUAUGAUGGGGAGACACCAGAUGCCUUUGUACUUUACUAUAGACGCAUGCUACAAGAUGUCGCUCAGGGUGGUUUGAGUUGGUUUGUUCUCGACGGAACCCAAAACAGAGCAGAGGUGGUCAUUGAGCACGGCAGGUCGGGUUUGAAGAACUACCAGUUUGCAGUUGCCGCGGAGAAAAGAGGGCAGAGUGCUGGCAUGUCCAAACAAUUUCUUAAAUGUCUCUAUAAAAUGGACGGGGAGAAACCUAUCAUUCAAGCACUACUCUUCAAAUCAACCCACCAAGACCAGAACAGCCUGAAGGUGGUCCUCCCGCCACAGCAAUGUAAACCUAGGCACAGACAGAUUGUGAAUAUAAUUGUAACUGUCCAGGAGGUGACGACUGAGGGGAAGAUCAAACAAGGAGGUUUUAACAAAAUUGAGAAGAUCCCUGCCCCACGUGUACCGCAGAAGUAUACCGUGCCAGCGCUUAAGGACAGUACCUUUUACAACAUCAGCCUUACGGCUGUGUGCCGAGAUGGUUCUGAUUGCCAGCAUUUAACAGGAGUCACACUGGAAACGAAACCUCCAUUGUCAUAUGUGUUUCCCGCCUGGGUUUAUGGAGUUAUUAUUCUCAUUUUGGCACUGGUAUUGCUGGCGACAAUUGGAAUGUAUUGGUUCUAUAGGAGAACGACAUCCAAGAAGAAACGGCUACAAAUUCAGAGAACGCCAGCCGUCAUACAGGCUUUGGAAGGAAAUGAUGGUACCACUGAUGAAUAUUAUGCGAUCAUGAUCGAUAACACGCAACGUCCUGAACGUUCAGAAUCAGAGAGUAGCUCCGGACAUUGUGACCAUAGCAGUAGGGAACUAACUCAACUGAUACCGACCGUGAGCGGAGGGUCUUGUUAUACCAACAUGGGGGACGGCACGAGCCUGCUUAGUGCGUCAGCUUCUGAUGGAACCUUUGGCAGGUCCCCAGGACUUUUAAAUCCGACCUCCCACCAGCCCAGCCUACAGCCCGUCCCAGAAGCUGAUGAGAAUAUCAUAAACUAUCCAAAUGGAGACGUGUUUAUGGAGAUUGUCGAUGAGCGCGAGCGGGGCCGUUUCGUUGCAAAUAACCAACUACCAUGGCAGAGCUCUCGGACUGCACCUGCUCAUGUUCUACCCGUGCUUAACUUGGAGGCACCAUAUGACCCAGAUGUCAUACUCAAAGGAACGUCCGCUAGAAAAAGAGAUGAUUCACCUUCGAGUGACCUAGGGAGCGCUUCUAGUGAAGAUUCGGUUGAUGAUUAUGUUAAACUUGCCUCACUUCAGCGCUGUUUUGAUCCGGGUCCAAGUGACACCGAAUCAGAGGGGCAUCCUGCACCAAACAUAUUGAAUGACGUUGAUGACGCCGGUCACUCGAAACUACAUUAAUCACCUGCAGAAUCAGCAUAUGAUCAAGAAAGGAAGUGUGUCUCGUCAUCAAAGUUUGAGUUCCAGGACUGUAAUUCUAGAACCUUGUCUCUGUCACCGGAAGAUUCGGAAUCAGUGACCUUCCCAUUGUUAAACGUUUUUCCUGAUGAAUACGAUAGUGAUGUUGACUCAAGCAUGUCAAGUACGACGUGGUCGGGCUCUGUACCUCAUUCGGACGCGGAAUUUCCCCAAACUAUACUUCUGGGAAUGCGAAUUAGUGGUGGAUAUAUGCAGAGACCUGAACAGUGUCAGGAUCCAGUUUCGCAUCCACAAAACACGUUUAUAAAAAAACUCCGCAAACUUUCCAAAGCUUGAGCAGUUUUAGAAAUAAUUCUCAUAAUGCUCUCGGGAUCCAAAUGUACUGAUCAUCAAAUAAGCAGAUCUCUAAUCGCUAUGUUGUGAAAUGUACAGAACCUUUGCCAUUGAUCUCGACUCCGCAUUCAUCAGACCCAAAUAAUUCACAGAGGCUGACGAAAAAACGAUUCUCAUUCAUGCGCAAAAUUACCUUAAUUUCACCCUUCGCAAUAAUGAACCAAACUCUACAGGUAUUCAGGAUGUUAUGAAAAUCCGAGUGGACAGAUAAACAUUGGUCAUCCUCAUUAUUGAUUGUGUUGUCCAAUGUGGCUUUAGAGUUUCCAUUGGAACAUCAUUCAUCUUGAUUAAAACAUACCCCUUAAUUGAUGAUGUCGUUUUGGCUUUUAGGUAGGCCUCAGUAUUAUCAGAGGUAUAGUCUGCAUAGUUUUUCUCAUACAACCUGCAUACUCAUGACUGGUGUGGUAUCGCACCGCUUUUUAUGUGUCACGUAGAGCUGAUACAAAACAUGCAAUAGCAUCAAACUGAUGUAAAUAUCAGCUAUUUCUAAAAACACAUCACGUCCUGAUAUAUCCUGGGAUUAAAAUAGUUGUGUUAUUCGGAUUUACAUAGGCGUUACUUGUUAGCUAAUCAACAUCUGCAGUUGUCAUGACUGCACAUAUUCAAAUGAAUACGAGAUGAGGAUUGUCGAAAAAAGUUUAGAAGCCAGCUAUGACAGAGAGAAUUUGUGAUUAAUGAGACAUUCAGGUUGACUGUACCAUCACACCCUAACUACCAUUGACCAAUCGCGAAUGGUUAUUCCGUCGAGGCUUGGCACCUCAUGAUGAGGAAAGUGUGACCACUUCCCAACAGUGUUUGUGAACGUUUCACAUAACUGUCACAUACAGGAGUAGUUCCAGAACAGAACGCUUACCGAUGGAGAUAAAAGAGUCAUACCAAACAUUCUGGGAAGCCCGUGUAGUGUUGGCAUUGUUUUCUUGAUGUUAGUGCGGAUAUCAAAAUGAAUGCCUCAUGCGUUGCAUUGUAGCACUUGCUUUCAAUAACAAGGAAGCUGUAGAAAGAGAUCUUGCCAAAUAUCGUAAAAGCUUUCUUGUAAAAGGAAUUUCCGCAGUGCUCGGAUUAGUGCCAGGGACCCAAAUCUCAAAUCCAUUGGACGAGGACAGUUGUUGUUCGUAUUUUAAAGUUUAUACAGAGAGAUAUAGUUGAAAAGGUAAUAACAAAGUAAAAUCGCCAAUAACAAGAAUAAAAUAUUAACCUUUUGAA